GCCUCAUUGGCACAUGUCCCGGCGGGGUGGAGCGUAGCGGGGCUGCCUCUUGUUUUGCGGUUUUGUUUUCUGAGCCUCACAACAGUGCAGCUGCUGCGACCGUGAGGACAGGAGAGGAGAGUCAGACGCCAACCGGCGAAUUUUCGGUGCACUUCAUUUUCCCGGCGCAGUCAGAAUCCUGAGAGGUGAAUCUGUUUGUGCGCAGUUUCCAGGGACAGUGACUGAGGCGAGGACUGGACCUCUGCAGAGGACACACGGGGACGGUUACGGCUGCUGAUCAUCGUUGUCCUUCCAGCGCUGACACCGUCCACACUGUCCCCAAGGAGCCAGUUAACUCCGGAGCGUCUUCGUCGCUGAAUGGGUGUGAGUGUGAGGAGAAUACUAAUUAACGGCGCGCUGCGUCCUGCCGAGGCGCACCGCGUCCCCCGCUGCUGCUGAGGGCCACAGCAGAGCCGAUCAGUCAUCCAGAGCGCACCGGGGCCUGCGCACCAACUCAGCCCCGACCUGAGGAAUUUUACACCGUCAGCCCGGGACUCAGUGAGCGCGGUCUGAGCACCAGGACAGGGGCUGGAUAAAACCCUCCAGCAGCUGCAAACACAAAGACUCCAAAAUGGGCAACAGCUUCUCCAACAUCUCUGCCUUCCAGUCUCUUCACAUCGUCAUGCUGGGGUUGGACUCUGCAGGGAAGACCACAGUUCUAUACAGACUCAAAUUUAACGAAUUUGUCAACACGGUUCCUACGAUCGGCUUCAACACCGAGAAAAUCAAGCUGAGCAACGGCACCGCGAAGGGCAUCAGCUGUCAUUUCUGGGAUGUGGGAGGCCAGGAGAAGCUGAGGCCCCUGUGGAAGUCCUACAGCCGGUGCACCGAUGGGAUCAUUUACGUUGUGGACUCUGUGGAUGUUGACAGGCUGGAGGAGGCCAAGACUGAGCUGCACAAAGUCACCAAGUUUGCGGAGAACCAGGGGACGCCGCUGCUGGUCAUCGCCAACAAACAGGACCUGCCCAAGUCCCUCCCUGUGGCGGACAUCGAGAAGCAGCUGGCCCUGCACGAGCUCACCCCCUCCACCACCUAUCACAUCCAACCCGCGUGUGCUAUUAUCGGCGAGGGACUUCACGAGGGCAUGGACAAACUGUAUGAAAUGAUAGUGAAGAGGAGGAAAUCCUUAAAGCAGAAGAAGAAGCGGUAACAGCAGCUGAGUCUGUGGACACGCUUAGUCUCACUUGCUGUAAGGAAUCCGGGUUCUGCCAGUGUUGCCCUCCACAGGUUUACUUUGCAGUGAUUUUUUUUUUUUACAUCCUUAGUUUGAAUUAAAGCUGUUUGAUGCUGUGAAGCCCUGCUGACUGAUGCUCUGCACACAGGAGGCUGCCUCAGCGGCUGCAGGAUAUAAAUACAGGUUAACCAAAAAGACUAAAGAAACUUGAAAUGACUCUUCAGACCUACAGCACGGAGGAGGAGAAACAGGCUGGCCUGUUUAUCUGCUGCUUUAUCACACACUUUUGAAGAGGCUCCUGCAUUGCUGCUCCCUGAGGACUUUUAUGGACUGAUAUUGUUUAUGUCCGUCCACAGGACAUGUGCUGUGGACACACGUUUGAUUUUGCACGUGGUUCGGGUCAUUGUGCCCCCUGCUCUUUUGUGUUUAGGGGAAACAGACAUCUGUACUAUCAGUCUUUGAUCACAGAUGUUUCGCAGACUGUUUCUUUCUUGGAGCAUUGAAGUAGCCUUUCCUCUGUGUGGUGGGCUGAGGACAGAGCGUCCACGACUUUGCACUUUUCAUUUCCUAACAAACAGUAGAAAACUACACUGUAUUAAUAGAGGAGGAGAUCCAGGUGGUUUAUGUACUAAGAGAAGCCAAAUUGAAGUAUUUUUUGAAUAUUAAAAGUUUUAAAAUCCAUGAUUUGGGUCUGUUCUUCAUUUGCAUGUGGCUGAGGUGAAAGUGAUGGAGGUGAAAGUGAUGAUGGUGGAAGUUACACUGGCAGCAGGAAGUGGAUGAUACAAACAGCUUGGCACGAUAAAGGACCUGAGAACUGACCUGUCUGAUUUUUUUCUGGAUACACUCUGGUGUGGAUCAAAGAGAGGUCAAAAGGUCACAGAGUUCCUUACAGAAGGUUAACUGAGAAGGCCUCAGCACAGAUUUCUGUUUGAAUCUUCUGCACAUGAAGUGAACAUCUGGAGCAAAGCCAGAGCUCAUUUGUGAAAUUUAUUUAUCUGCAUUGCAGUGCUGUGUAUUCUGCUUCACGGCAGAGUUUACUGUGGAAACCAGUGCUCGAACUGGACCAGUGUGUCAGGCUUCUGUCCUCAGAACCAUUCAUUCUCCCACACUACUUUUUAUUAAUGUAGCACUUACUCUGCAGGUAUUUUUGGACAGAACAGGCCUGUUUCCUCAUCAUGUAAGGCACAAAUCUACAGCUGCUACAAAUCACAUGAAAUAUCUCACAUUACUUUCAACCAUUUUCAGACACAC